AUGAUUUCCCUCCAUUUUACCUCCACCGGUUCAAGAUCUCCCCGAUUUUACCUCACCGGUUCACCGCCAAUUUUGCCUCCACCAGUUGAAGACUUCCCUCAAUUUUACCUCCACCCGUUCAAGAGUUCCCGCCGGUUUUACCUCCACCGGUUCAAGACUUCCCCCUAUUCUACCCCACCCGUUCAAGAGUUCCCGCCGAUUUUGCCUCCGCCGGUUGAAGACUUCCCACCGAUUUUCUCAACACCACCUAUCGUUGAAAAUCCACUGAUAGUUCCAAUAUUCUCCACGCCACCAAUCCUCGGAGAUAUACCACCGCAAACUCCCGUCUUUACCACGCCGCCAGAGAUCACAAAUCCGUGGCUGCCGCCGGAGCAACCGCCCAGUAACGUCAUUUCGCACCGCCAAUCGAGUCCAUCCCAACGAUACCUGAAAAUCCAUUUCCCGGUUACACCAAACCCAGACAUGGGUUCUAAUCAGCCGUUGGUUCAGCUUCCUCCGCCAUCGUGGGAUUCACCACCAUUUAAUCGUUAA